CGACGCCCAGUCCGCAUGGAGCCCGCGGCUGGCAUCAUGUCCCCGCGCCCCAUCCAGCGUGCGGCCGCUCCGCCCGCGCCCCCCGCCGGGCCCGGGCCGCCUCCUAGUGCCAUGCCCGGACUUGAACUGGAGACACUGGCCGGGCCGCCGGCCCCGGCCCCCGGGCGCCUCAUCACAGACCCCGGCAGCGGCCGCACCUACUUCAAAGGCCGCCUGUUGGGCAAGGGGGGAUUUGCCCGUUGCUACGAAGCUACAGACACGGAGACCGGCAACGCCUACGCGGUCAAAGUCAUCUCGCAGAGCCGCAUCACCAAGCCGCAUCAACGCGAGAAGAUUCUAAAUGAGAUCGAGCUGCACCGCGGCCUGCAGCACCGCCACAUCGUGCGUUUUUCGCACCACUUUGAGGAUGCUGACAACAUAUAUAUUUUCCUGGAGCUCUGCAGCCGAAAGUCUCUGGCCCACAUCUGGAAGGCCCGGCACACCCUGUUGGAGCCAGAGGUGCGCUACUACCUGCGGCAGAUCCUUUCGGGACUCAAGUACUUGCACCAGCGAGGCAUCUUGCACCGAGACCUCAAGCUGGGAAAUUUUUUUAUCACUGAGAACAUGGAACUGAAGAUGGGGGAUUUUGGGCUGGCAACCCGGCUGGAGCCCCCAGAGCGUAGGAAGAAGACCAUCUGUGGCACCCCUAACUACGUGGCUCCAGAAGUGCUGCAGAGGCAGGGCCACGGCCCAGAAGCAGAUGUGUGGUCCCUGGGCUGUGUCAUGUACACGCUGCUGUGUGGGAGUCCCCCCUUUGAGACAGUCGACCUGAAGGAGACGUACCGCUGCAUCAAACAGGUUCACUACACGCUACCCGCCAGCCUCUCACUGCCUGCCCGGCAGCUCCUGGCAGCCAUCCUUCGAGCCUCGCCCCAGGACCGCCCUUCAAUUGACCAGAUCCUGCGCCAUGACUUCUUUACCAAGGGCUACACCCCCGACCGGCUCCCUGUCAACAGCUGCGUGACGGUCCCAGACCUGAUACCUCACAACCCAGCUAGGAUUCUGUUUGUCAAAGUUACCAAGAGCCUCUUUGGCAGGAAAAAGAACAAGAGUAAGAACCAACCUGAGGAACGGGAUGAGGUUUCCUGUUUGGUGAGCGGCCUCACUCGGACAUCCAUUGGCCCUCAGGAUGCCAGGCCUGAGGCGCCAGCAGCUUCUGGUCCAGCACCCCCCAGCCUGGUAGAGACAGCACCUGAAGACAGCUCACCCCGUGGGACGCUGGCGAGUAGCGGAGAUGGGUUUGAAGAAGGUCUGACUGCGGCCACAGUGGUGGAGUCAGCCCUCUGUGCUCUGAGAAACUGCCUGGCCUUCAUGCCCCCAGCGGAGCAGAACCCAGCUCCCCUGGCACAGCCAGAGCCUCUGGUGUGGGUCAGCAAGUGGGUUGACUACUCCAACAAGUUUGGCUUUGGGUAUCAGCUGUCCAGCCGCCGAGUGGCUGUGCUCUUCAACAAUGGCACACACAUGGCCCUGUCGGCCAACAGAAAGACUGUGCAUUACAACCCCACCAGCACAAAGCACUUCUCCUUCUCUGUGGGUGCCGUGCCUCGGGCCCUGAAGCCUCAGUUGAGUGUCUUGCGGUAUUUCGCCUCCUACAUGGAGCAGCGCCUCAUGAAGGGUGGCGAUCUGCCCAGUGUGGAAGAAGUGGAGGUACCUGUCCCCCCACUUUUACUGCAGUGGGUCAAGACCGAUCAGGCCCUACUCAUGCUGUUUAGUGACGGCACCGUCCAGGUGAACUUCUAUGGAGACCACACCAAGCUGAUCCUCAGCGGCUGGGAGCCCCUCCUUGUGACCUUUGUUGCCCGCAAUCGUAGUGCUUGUACUUACCUCGCUUCCCACCUUCGGCAGCUGGGCUGUUCCCCUGACCUGCAGCAGCGGCUCCGUUAUACUCUGCACCUGCUCCGGGACCGCUGCUCAGCCUAGGCCCCAGCCCGGAGAGCGGGCUCUGACCCAAGCUGUCAGGCCUGAGGCCUGUGCCUGUAAGGCUCUGGCCCUUUCCUCUGUGGCCCUCCCUGUCCCUUUGGUGCCUCACUGGGGGCUCUGGACCUAAUCCCCCAGGGAAUCAGGGACCAGCUUUACUGGGGUUGGAGGCUACCUGUCCUAGCUGCCUCCUACCCCUUCUCCAAGAGAAGCCUGAGCCUUAGCCCCCAGCUAGGGGGCGUUAUUUAUGGACCACUUUUAUUUAUUGACAGACAUUUAUUUAUUGGGAUGUGCGCCCUAGGGAGAGUCUCCUUCUGGGAUA